AUGGUCGGUCUGGAUGCAGCUGGUAAAACGACCAUUCUGUACAAACUGAAGCUUGGAGAGAUUGUGACCACGAUUCCGACAAUCGGAUUUAACGUGGAAACGGUCGAAUACAAGAACAUUUCCUUCACUGUGUGGGACGUCGGAGGUCAGGAUAAGAUCCGUCCUCUGUGGAGGCACUAUUUCCAGAAUACUCAGGGACUUAUCUUUGUGGUGGAUUCCAAUGAUCGCGAGCGAAUUGAAGAAUCCCGCGAAGAACUUCACAAGAUGCUCAAUGAAGACGAGCUGAGGGACGCAACUCUUCUUGUGUUCGCCAACAAACAGGAUCUCCCCAAUGCCAUGAGUGCCGCUGAAUUGACGGAUAAAUUGGGACUGCACAAUCUGCGCUCUCGACAGGUAUUGAUUUUCCCUGAUUUUCCACGUAUUAUUCAUUUACUGGCUAUGGGUGGUCUAAAGUUACCGUACUUUGAAUAG